AAUAAAAAAUCCCUGUUAUUUUUAUAUCUUCUUACUUUACAUAAGCGUGGUUUAUAUAAUGGAAUCACAUGAUAAAGCGAUUUCUCUUAAUUCUUUUAAUGCAAGAAGUACAUCAUAAUUUAUAAUGAUUUUUUUGAGUAACGUGAAAUCAGCAUAAAUAGAAAUCGCUCAACCGAAGUUUCAACUUUUUUGUUCUACCAAAAAAAAAAAAAAAAUUAUAUACACGACAUAUAUGUAAUAUAUAUUUAUACUAAGAUAUGUCGGCUACUCUUCCAGAACUUUGUAUUCGGUUUGUUCUUGAGGAAUUAAGUAAUGAUACUAGAUCAAAACAUACUUGUAUUUUAAUCAAUCGUCAUUGGUGUAUGGCAUCAAUUCAUGAAAUUUGGAAACAUCCUUUAUAUUAUUGUCAAGAAUUAGAACAAAAAGAUAGGUAUAUACAAUUUAUUGAUACUUAUAUAAAAUGUUUAUCUCCACAAAUUAGAGAAUCUCUUGGAUUAGAAUCGAAUACAAAAACUACUUUUGAUUAUACAACAUUUUCACAAUGGAUUUGUCCCAAUGGAUUAAGGUCUUGCGUAAAACUUUGGCUUGAUGAAAAAAUUAAGCAAGAACCCGAUAAAUAUUCAAAUCUUUUAAAAACUGAAAAUAAAACGAUAUUUAUGAUAGGAAAAGCUUUAUGUGAACAUUUAAUAAUUAAUUCAAAAAAAUUAAUUGGAGUUCAAUUGAAUCAAAAUGAGAUUAAUAUUUUUGAAUUACCUCAAGCUGAAAAAGUAUUAUCCAAAGUAACACAUUUUAUAACAAGAUUCAGUUGUGAACCAAGUAGAAUUGGAAAAUUACCAAAUGUCUUAUCAUUAGCUACGGAAAUUUCAAAGAAUAUUCAAGUACUUAAUAUAACUUGUUUUAAUGUUGAAAAGGAAAAUGAUAUUAGUAUUAGAAAAUUAUCUCAAUUAAUUAGAAAUCAAAAAAGAUUAAAAGAAUUCACCUUAACAUAUUGGAAUCCUGGAUUUAUGAAUCUUUGGACAAGCGUUUUACAACAAUAUAAUACUUUAACAACGAUUAUAUUAGAAACUAUAAUCUUUAACGAAUCUAAUCCAUUCUUACUUCAUGAAUUGGGUAUAUUCAAAAAUUUACAAGUACUAACGAUCGAAAAUUGUAAAAAUUUUAUUUUUUCAAUUAAGAAAAUAGAUAUAUCAAAUUCAUUUCGUAAAUUAAAAAAAUUUACGGUAGUAAUGAGUCAACCAUUUCCAAGAUAUUUCAUUAUGGUCAUAUUACAACAAUCAAAUGAAAAUUUGAGAAAAGUUGAAGUUAUAGAUAUGGAUAUAAAAGAGGAUGUUCUUCCUUAUUGUAUUAAACAUUUUACUCGAUUAUUAAAUUUUUCAUGUUCAAUAAACAUUGAAAAUUUUAAUUUACUAUUAUCUUUAUUAAAAGUUUCACCAAAUCUUGAAACUUUAUAUAUCAAUGAAUUAGAAGAUUAUUUGAUUGAGGAAGAUGAAGAUCUUAUAUUAUUUGAUUUUUUAUGUUCACUUGGUGAAAAUUUUCCUAAAUCUUUAUAUUAUUUUACUUUUGAUUUAGAUUGGGAAUUUAAUAAUGAUUCUUUUUCAAAAUUCUUAAAAAUUUGUAAGGAGAAGGGAAUUAAUUUUAAAACUUUGAUUUUUGCACAAAGUGGUUUUUUUAAUGAUUUAUAUUUAUAUGAAUUAUUGAAAUUUUAUGGUGACAGGAAGUUGGAUGAAUUAGUUUUACAUGAUAUGAAUAAUUUUUCCAAAGAAUGUUUAAAAGAAGUAAAAAAACAGGUGGGAAUUGUGAAAUUUGCUAAAGGAUAUCCUGAAAAAUUUAAUCUAUCAAUUAAUUUUGAAGAAGACAAUUAAUAUAUACAAAGAAGAAUAAUUAAUGAAGAAAAACAAUUUGGAUUCGUUAGUGGUUCGUUCUUUGAUCUGGCAUUAUUGUUUGGUAAAGAGUGAAAGGAUAGGUAAUAAUUAUAUAUAUAUAUAUAUGUAUGUAUGUAUUUUUUUUUUUUAAUUUUUUUAAAAUAAAAUAAAAUAAAUAAUUCUGCACA